AUGCCCGCCCUCGUCCCCCCCGGAUCCAUCGCCAAGGUCAUCGUCGACCCCUCCGUCGUGCUCGGCGCGUGCGACAGCUACGUUCGACGAGAUGAGCGCGCGGAUGCGGUGAUCGGCGCGGUGCUCGGGACGUCGAGCGCGUUGGGGUGCGGCAGAGUCGUGAUCAACGCCCGAACGUCGUACGCGAUACCGUGUCACGAGAGAGACGGAGAGAUGUUCGUGGACGUGGAGUUUCAUCGAACGAUGCUGUCGUUGCACGCGCGGGUGACGCCGGAGGAGCGCGUGGUGGGUUGGUUCAGCGCGGGGACGCAGACGCCGGCGGCGAGAGCGCUCGCGCACGAAUUCUUCGCCAAGGAGACGGCGGGUGGAACGCCGGUGCACGUGAUGUUGGACGCUGAUUUUACCGGCGUCGAGAGCGGGGGGGAGGUUGUGCGCGCGAGCGUCGGGGAGACGGUGCUCGCGGUGACGGAUCGAGAGAGCGGCGAAAGCAAAUGCGCCGGCGCGCGCUUUAGUGACGUCGAGUGCGAGGUAAAUCUCGCGCAGGCCACCAAGCUUGGCGUGCGAGCGCUUCGCUCGGCGAGCAGCGCGAAGUCGGACGACGACGUCGCGGGCUUGGCGCAGACGAUGGGAAAACUGGGCGCGCUCCUCGCCGAGGCGCAGGAGUACGUCGACGCCGUCGCGCGAGGCGAACGUCAGGGCGACGCCGAGGUCGGUCGCGCGCUUUCCGCCGCGCUCGAAAGCGUCCCGCAGCUCACCAAGUCGCAGUUUGACAAGGUGUUCGGCGACGCCGUCGAGGACGCGUCCUUGGUCAAGUACUUGACCAACCUCACCCGGGCCCAGCUCGAGCUCGCGUCCAAGCUCCACACCUCGGCGUUGAUAUUGUAA